ACUCUAUCAGUCCGGGUGAAACACUGUAAGAAGCUGCACCGCUCCGUACGAACAUAACAGUGCUGAAGAUGGAUAUACGGAGUGUGUGCUGGGUGUUGCUGAUCAGCUCUGUUUUCCAAGGCUGCUCGACCCACAAUGACUUCUUUACCUCCAUCGGUCAGAUGACGGAUCUGCUGUUCAUGGAGAAAGACCUGGUGAAGUCUCUGAAAGAUUAUAUUAAAGCAGAAGAGAAGAAACUGGAGCAGGUCAAACAGUGGGCCGAGAAACUGGACUCAUUAACAGCCAUGGCUACACACGAUCCCGAGGGUUUCCUCAGCCACCCGGUCAAUGCUUUCAAACUGGUGAAGAGAUUAAACACAGAGUGGGCCGAGCUGGAGGACCUGGUGCUUCGAGACGUGUCUGAUGGUUUCAUCUCCAACCUCACCAUCCAGCGUCAGUACUUCCCCAGCGAUGAAGAUCAGAGCGGAGCAGGUAAAGCUCUGCUCAGACUGCAGGACACGUACCAGCUCGAUACCAACACCAUCUCCACUGGAGAACUUCUUGGUCUGAGUGCAGAUAUGGUGUAUAAGAGCACUCUGAGCGUUGAGGACUGUUUCGAGUUGGGGAAGAUCGCGUACUCCGAGACGGAUUAUUAUCACACCGAACUCUGGAUGGUUCAGGCUCUAAAGCAGAUGGACGAGGGCGAGGAGUCUAGCGUCGAGUCCGCAAAUGUCCUGGACUACCUCAGCUACUCUGUCUACCAGCAGGGGGAGCUAGAGAAAGCACUGGAGUACACCAAAAGCCUCCUGGCUCUGGAUCCAGAACAUCAGAGAGCCAACGGGAACCUGAAGUACUUCGAGUACCAGCUGGCUAAGCAGCGGAGAGCCGAGGGGGAGCAGAGUGGUACAGACGAGGAGAAAAAGCACGAAGAGAAAAGGUCGGCAGACAGGAAGAAGGAUUACCUUCCCGAGAGGAAGAAGUACGAGCAGCUCUGCAGAGGAGAAGGAAUUCGACUGACCCCCCGCAGACAGAGCCGAAUGUUCUGCCGUUACUUCGACAACAACAGACACCCGUAUUACAUCCUGGGCCCUGUCAAAAUAGAGGACGAGUGGGACCGGCCCCGAAUCACCCGCUUCCACGACGUCAUCAAUGAAUGGGAGAUGGAGAAGGUGAAGGAACUGGCCAAACCCAGGCUGCGCCGAGCCACCAUUUCCAACCCCAUCACUGGUGUACUGGAGACCGCCCACUAUCGUAUCAGCAAGAGGCGUGCUACCGUGCAUGAUCCCCAAACUGGGGAGCUCACCACUGCCCAAUACAGAGUCUCCAAAAGCGCUUGGUUAGCAGCGUAUGAACAUCCAGUGGUGGAUCGGAUUAACCAGAGGAUUGAAGAUCUUACUGGUCUGGAUGUUUCUACAGCUGAGGAGCUACAGGUGUCUAAUUAUGGAGUAGGAGGGCAGUACGAGCCACACUUUGAUUUUGGGCGGAAAGAUGAGCCAGAUGCCUUUAAGGAGCUCGGUACGGGCAACCGUAUCGCCACAUGGCUCUUUUACAUGAGUGAUGUGAGGGCAGGGGGCGCUACAGUAUUCCCAGAAGUAGGAGCUGCAGUAAAGCCUAUGAAGGGUACAGCAGUAUUUUGGUAUAAUCUCUUCCCCAGUGGAGAAGGUGACUACAGAACACGCCAUGCUGCCUGCCCAGUACUGCUGGGUAACAAGUGGGUUUCAAACAAGUGGAUCCAUGAGCGAGGACAGGAGUUUAGAAGACCCUGCGGUCAGAACCAGACUGAUUGAGCACUCCUGCCCUGGCAUGCGCACUCUCUAUGAGCUGUAGCCCUCAGCACCACCACCAUGUUCACCUUCAACAAGGACCUCUGUGUGUGUGUGUGUGUGCACACUGAUGCCGUUAGUGCCUUUUGUAAUGAUAUAAACAGCUGCAGAGAAGAAAUCUACACCUCAUAACACUCCACAUCUCCUAAAUAUAACCACCAUAGUCAUAAUUAUUGGACAUCAUCACAACCAGGUCAUUCAGCUUUUAAAUCCUACACAACUUUAGCUACCAAGCAUGAACCUGCUCCAGAUAAACCCAAUUGUUCGCACAGCACAGUUAGCUUUUCUACAUCAGUAGUUCCCAAAGUAUUCGUCGUCAUGGCUUGUCUUGACUUAAUUUCCCUGUUCGUGGAACAGACGUGAGUAGAACUCAGAUUUUCUGAUCACUCUGGGGCUACACUGCACCCACACUACAGCCUGUGCCAAUGUGUUUUGUGAUCAGCAAUAGAUUAUGCUGUUAGACCUGCAAUGAAAUGUCAUGACCUUCUACUGAUGCCAGGAACCAGAACCUUUAGUCCUGGAACUGGUACAAAACUGGUGUGUUUUUGGUACAUAACUGGUACAGUUGGUGCUGGACUCCCAAUAGUUAAAGUAGUUUAUUCAGUGGGGAAAAAAAAUCUGGCUGGUAUAAGGAUGGCACUCUGCCCGCUUUGGCACAGUAAGUUAGUGGGCAACAUUACCCCACCUCCUUUGUGUUACACCCCUCUGUGUCCCCUCUGUUAUUCGUCUCUGUCCACCAGUCCCUAGCACAGCCUGGCACACGCCCACCGCCCAUCACCCUCUACCCAGCCCGUUUUGAUUCUGGGACAUUGUGUGGAGGUCGUUCACACGGCCAAACAAAUAAAUCUGGUGGGUAUUAAUACUGAAGGUGCACCUUACCUUCUGAACCUUCCUCUCAGUAUCAGAAAUGAAUAAAUAUUCACUGUUUUGCCAGCCAGCGUGAGAACAUGCAAAACUAUCAGAUUUAUCUGAUUAUAAAAAUUAUGGUGGUGUAUUUUCUAAAUGAGAAUGUUGUUUUCUACAGAAUUAUUAAAAUUAAAACCUUUGUUCUAUG